AUGGUAUCAACUCUUAAGAGAUUUUUCCAUCGUUUCAAUGACAUUGAUUCUGAGGAUCCCAAGAGGCCUUACAAGUGUCAUAUGUGCCCAUAUGCAGCCCACACAAGAAGCAAUCUCAAGAAUCACAUAAAUGCCCACACUGGUGAACGGCCAUACAAAUGUUCAGUUUGUGGUAAAGGUUUUACUCAGAAAGGGAACAUGAAGAAGCAUGAACAGCAGCAUGAUGAACGGUAUCCUUUAGAUUGUAAUAUUUGUGGAAAAUCCUGUGACAACAAAGUGUCUAUGCAGCAACACAUGGCUCUCCAUUUCCACAUUCAGUAA